ACAUAUUUCGGGUUGACAGCAUCACUUGGCGAUUUGUUUACACUUUUGAUUUAUUGCCGUCCGAAAACUGGCUCCGCGAUUAUAAAAAUGUUCGGUUUCAAUCCAAACGAUUACGACCUGAAAGUUGAAUUAUCAAAAUGUUGCAACAAUAUCGGAACCGUGUUUCUGGCUCAAUACCGACCCACAGCGGAGUAUGUUGCUGUGAAAAAAUAUCGAAUGGACAAGGCCAAGGAGGAGAACAAUCUAAUCCGUGACGAAAUAUUAACGAUGAGAAAUUUGAAUCACCCAAAUAUUCUGUCGUUUUACACGGCCUUCGUGCAUGAUUUCGAGGUGUACUUGGUCGCGCCGCUCAUGUGCUAUGGGAGCUGCAAGGACACAAUCGGCAAUUGCUUCACAACAGGUUUCCCCGAAAUAGUAGUUUCUCUGAUAUUACGUGAUGUUCUUUGUGGACUGGAAUAUCUCCACCGGAAAGGAUACAUCCACCGGUCGAUCAAAGCCAGCCACAUCCUCCUAAAUCAAUCGAAAGCGGUUCUCGGUGGAUUCCGAAGCUGCACUAGUUUAGUGUCACAUGGAGAACGCGUCCGCGCGCUACACAAUCUGGCCCCGUGCAGUAGAAAGAGUUUGAACUGGCUCGCACCGGAAGUCUUGGAACAGAAUCUUUUAGGUUACACAGAGAAAUCAGACAUUUACAGUAUUGGCAUUACAACCUGCGAAUUGGCCAACGGGGUUGAACCCUUCGGCGACUCACAAACAACAUUUAUGUUAAUGGAAAAGAUUCGGGGAAAUCAACCAACUCUUUUAGAUGACUCAACGUGUCCCACCGAGGAGAUACUUGCUCAAGUAGGUGACGUUGUCAUGGGCGAACAGUUUGCUGCGAAGGCACAUCAAAUUUACAGUCAAAGAGCAUUUUCGGAUAUUUUCCAUAAAUUCGCGGAAAUAUGCAUGGCUCGACAGCCCAGUGACCGCCCGACUGCCGCUCAACUCUUAAACCAUUCGUUUCUGAAGCAGAGUAAAAACUCGUCGCUGUACGAGCAGCUCAUUAAUUUCGGUAUCGAAAUAGCGGAUUAUUCGAAACUGAGAGACGAGAGUAUCGGCGUAUGCGAAGAACUAGGCGAUAUGAGCAUCAAUGGAAAUUUCGAAUGGGAUUUCUAGAAUCAAUUCUUAUAGACUAUGACCGUUAAGAUUUGCCAUAUUGUUUAGUUGUCUGUUCUGUUUAGCCAAAAUAUGUAAAUAGUUUUUCAAUAAAUUUUUAGA